UCCUUCUCUGCCACGCCCCAGCAGCAGCAGAGGGAGGGAGGGAGGGAGGGAGAGAGAGGGAGGGAGCUUCCAAAACCCUCCUUAAUGGCGAAAUCGAGGAACAAGCUCUCAUACAUCUCAGUCCCUUCUCAGAUAAUCACAUCCCUUUCUUCCGCUUCUCUCCAAAGCCUCCUCCUUUCCCCCAAGAAGCCCUCCAAAUCCCCCAUCAGACUCUUCUUCUCCAAUCCUAGAAGUCCUAAGCUCUGGUUCUUCUUCCUCUUCCUUUUCUCCUUCCUUGGAAUGGCUCGGAUCGGCUUCCUCCCGUCACCUCCCUGCUCCAUCACCUACCCUCGCCGCCCUCCAAUCUCAACCAUCGAUUCCGUCCUUCCGGGCCCAUCCAUCGGUCGGGAUGGUGGAGAGGCCGAGUUCUGGAAGCAGCCGGACGGGAUGGGGUACCGGCCGUGCCUGGAUUUCAGCGAGGAGUACAGGAGGUCGAGCAAGGUGGUGGCGAGGGAGAAGAUGAAGUAUCUGAUGGUCGUCGUCUCGGGAGGUUUGAAUCAGCAGCGGAAUCAGAUCAUCGACGCCGUCAUCAUCGCUAGGAUUCUUGGCGCUGCUCUCGUCGUUCCGAUCUUGCAAGUGAAUGUGAUUUGGGGAGAUGAAAGUGAAUUUUCUGAUAUUUUUGAUAUGGAGCAUUUCAAAAAAACCCUUGCAAAUGACGUUCACAUAGUUUCUUCUCUCCCUUCUACGCAUCUGAUGUCGAGACCGGUUGAAGAGAAGCGAACCCCUCUGCAUGUGACCCCUCGUUGGAUACGCAAUAGGUACCUGAAGCGGCUUAAAAAGGAAGGAGUAUUGCUUUUGCGGGGAUUGGAUUCCAGGCUCACUAAGGAUCUACCUUCUGAUCUUCAGAAGCUUAGAUGCAAGGUAGCAUUUCAUGCAUUGCGGUUCUCUGCCCCCAUCAUAGAGCUUGGGAACAAGCUUGCAGAGAGGAUGCGAAGCAAGGGCCCAUACAUGGCUCUUCAUUUACGCAUGGAAAUGGACGUCUGGGUGAGGACAGGCUGUCUCCCUGGAUUGAAUCCCGAGUAUGACAAGAUCAUCAGCAGCGAGAGGAAGCUACGGCCAGAGCUUCUCACAGCAAGAACAAACAUGACAUACCAUGAUCGCAAACUUGCAGGCCUCUGCCCCUUAAAUGCUUUAGAGGUUACUAGGCUACUUAAAGCGCUAGGGGCUCCAAGAAGUACAAGGAUAUACUGGGCGGGAGGAAACCCAUUAGGUGGACAGGAAGCCUUGCUGCCUCUGACCAAAGAAUUUCCCUAUUUUUACAACAAGGAGAACCUUUCAUUACCAGGUGAACUAGAGCUGUUUUCCAACAAAGCAUCCCUUCUGGCAGCUAUCGAUUAUGUAGUUGCUGCAAACAGCGAUGUUUUCAUGCCGUCUCACGGGGGAAAUAUGGGCCGUGCCAUGCAGGGACAGAGAGCCUAUGCAGGGCACAGGAAGCACAUUACUCCGAACAAGAGGCAGAUGCUCCCUUACUUUCUGAACUCAUCUCUUACCGAAUCAGAAUUCAAAAGGAUCAUAAAAGAGCUGCACCGGGCUUCUCUCGGGCAGCCAGAGAUCAGGACUGUCAAGGCUGGUAGGGAUGUCAUAGCACACCCUGUCCCAGAGUGCAUGUGCAAUGACUCUGGUAGAACAGGACGUCUAUCAUAAUCGGAUCAUAUUACCGUUUUGAUACAUGGCCCAGGAAUAUUUUGUCCCAUUAAACGAUGGAUGGCUGUUGUUUCCAGUGGCCCCUUGGCUCUCCCAUCAUAAGCAUUUCGGAAGGCAAAUUGUCAUAAAUACCAGUACACAUACAUUCAUGUACAUGUUGACUGCGUAUUUGUGUAUGUGUGGGGGGAUGUAAAGGGGAGAAGGGGGGCAGGUGUUAAUUAUUCAUGCCCAUUUAGCCUAGCUAUUCAAUUCUAUCUUGGGGAAUUAUAGCCGGGAAAUAUUUUUUUGAUUCUUUACACCAUUUAUGUAUGUAUGUAUGUAUUUAUGGAGGAACAAUAUAUGUAUACUUGUAUAAAUAAAAGAGUAAAUAUUGCCAUGCC